AAUUUUCCCUCACAGUUCGGCCAUCAUUGUCUGUUAAGCGGUCUGUUCUUGACGUUCUUGUCCUAUCCCACCGGCCAUGCAAGAAAAAGAAAAGCAAAGAGGAGGCCAACUUCUCCCUGUUUUACUUGUUUGCAUGUUGUUAGCCUGCGCGGGUCUUGUGUUUGCUGUUUACACCCACAAAGAACUCUGCUGGCUGAAAACCCAAAUCCGCGAACAUGAGAAGCUUAUCCAGACCUUACAACUCGGUAACAAUGCGCGAGAUAUCCAGGGGUCAGAGGAAGUUCGUGUCCGGAGAAGCGCUCAAACUUCUUGUACUUGCGUCGGAGCCCCAGGAAGACCAGGCCGGAGGGGGAAGCCUGGAAAGCCCGGUCAUGCUGGCCAACGAGGCCCUCCAGGAUUCCCAGGGAUGCGAGGCUUUCCGGGAAUGUCAGGAGAACCCGGUCCUGUUGGUCCCCCGGGCCCUCCAGGAGAAAGAGGCUUCCAAGGUCCUGUUGGUCCGCCUGGCCCUCCAGGACGUGUACAAGGGACAAAUAAACACAACUUGUUGGGAAUUCAAGGAGAGCCCGGACCUCCAGGAUUCCCAGGGGCACCAGGCUCGCAGGGAAUGCCGGGGGAACCGGGUCCUGCUGGUCCCCCAGGCCCUCCAGGAUUUCCAGGACCUGCUGGUAUGCCUGGACCGCAAGGUGUCAAGGGAAAUCGCGGUGACAUUGGUGGUUCAGGAGUUGCAGGAACAACACGCAAACACAAUUCGUUAGGAUUACCCGGAGAACGCGGUCCUGCUGGCCCGCCCGGCCCGCCCGGCCAGCCCGGCCCUCCAGGUUAUUCCGGACCUGCUGGUAUGCCCGGGCCGCGAGGCUUCAAGGGAAGCCGUGGUUUUGAUGGACUCUCAGGACUCCCAGGGAUACAAGGCCCACCGGGAAUGCCCGGGGAACCCGGUCCUGUUGGUUCCCCGGGCCGUCCAGGAACAGCUGGCCUUCUUGGAUCUGCGAGCCGUGACAGCAUCCAUCUCAUUGGCAACGGACUGAAAAUACGCCAAGUUAACAGUCAACGCGUAAGCAACUGGACGCUGAAGCACAGGGAAGGCAGUAUCCUGUACAACCCAUCCAGCGGACACAUACAGGUGAAGAAAGCCGGUUACUACUUCAUAUACAGUCAAAUGUUUUACUACGAUGGAUCAUCCACCUACAUGGCUCACGCCACAUUCAUCAAUGACGCCAAGGUCAUGGGGAGUAUCGGCAGUGUGAUUGAUUCAAAGAGGUUUCUGGACACCAAGUUUCAUGGCGGGGUAUUCUCACUUCGGGAAAACGACACCAUCUCCGUUCACGUCUCAUACCAUAGUACGUAUUACAUGACUUUUGGGGAAAGCUUUUUUGGCGCGUUUUGGAUCGGAGGUCCGGGAACACCAGACUCCAACAAAGCGAUACCCCCGAUAUCGGGUUCGUGAUCUAGACCUCACCUUACUGCAUCCUGGUACAUCACGCUGAUUGGUUCACAAGUAACAGAAGAAACGAUGUCCCGGAUGAUGAAGACUUCACUGAAAAUAGAAAUAAUGUUAGUUAGAAAACUGAAAGAAUUCAUUAGGUCCUAGUCGUAAGAAUAUUAUAAUAACAGAAAGUUUAUAAGAUAUGUUUUAUAUUUCUUCAUUCAAACGUCAUUUUAUUAGCCUUUUUUGUUUUUUGUUUUACUAGUUGAAUCUAAUUUUUUAAAUCCCAGAUAAUCGUAGAUGAUAUGUUACUGUUUAAUUUGAGUCCCUAUAUCCUAUCAUGUGUCGAAACUUGUAGAAUUGCUCGUUCAUUUGUCGCAACUGACGUUUGUAAGUGUUUAAUUAAGGGCGCCUUUUUCUUAUUUUUUUAAACGUAAUAAAAAAAUCGUUACGUUUGA